AUGGCGAAGGAGUUCAGUGUGCCGCCGGUGGUCUUCCCCUCCGCGGGGGGAAAUCCCGGCAUCCCGAGCCAGCGGCGGGCGCCCCCGCCCUCUGUGGGGCCGUUCUUUCAGCCGUCAAAGCCUGCGAAUCCAGGCACCGGCCCUAGCAUUCCGUUCAUGUCCUUCGACAUAGGAUCUGCUCCCGCGUCGUCCUCAUUCUCCAACCCUGUGUUUGGUGGUGGUGGCUACGCCGGCGGAGGGGCUACCUCGUUCGAAGAUGAGCCGCCUCUUCUGGAGGAGCUCGGCAUCAACACGCGGCAGAUCUGGCGGAAGACAAUAUCGAUCUUGAACCCCUUUCGAGUGAACGCCAAUCUCCACGAGGAUGCCGAUCUCUCUGGUCCGUUCCUGUUUCUCGUGACCUUCGGUCUAUUCCAGCUGCUCGCGGGCAAGUUUCAUUUUGGGAUCAUCCUAGGAUGGGUCUUCAUUGCUGCCUUCUUCUUGUACAUCGUGUUCAAUAUGUUGGCCGGUCGCAACGGGAACCUGGAUCUAUACCGUUCUAUGAGCCUUGUCGGAUACUGUAUGCUUCCGAUGGUUUUAUUCUCGGCCCUUUCAUUGUUCGCACCACAGGGCGGCGGCGUUAUAUCCUUUUCUAUGGGGGCAGUCUUUGUUGUAUGGUCGACAAGGGUGUGCACGAGGCUUCUAGUCGAGCUGGCGUCCUGCGGCGAUGAGCACCGCGGACUUAUAGCAUACGCCUGCUUUCUCAUCUACUCUCUCUUCUCCUUGCUCGUUAUAUUUUGA